AUGCGCGCCUCAGUCAUCAUCCUCGGCUUCCUUGCCACUCUUACCGUCGCACUCCCCGAAGCAUAUCCUAAGGCCGCAAUCUCAUGCCAAUCUAACACCAUGGCCUGCAUAGCUGCUAACUGUGCCGCCGAAGGAUGCUGCUGUGAGGGACUUACUUGCGGAUCCAAUGGUGUAAGUACCUAG